UACUACGAAAAACAACCCAGCGAUCCGCGCCCAGAACGAAGACCGACGACGACGCCCAUACCGACCACCACUCCAUCUCAAUCACGACAACCUCGACAAUCAUUCAUAAUGUCGUCCGGAAAAGUUAAGACUGGUGCCCUCUGGACCAAGAACAAGGAGGACCUCCAGAAGCAGCUCGGCGAAUUGAAGACUGAGCUCGGUCAACUCCGCACCCAGAAGAUCGCUGGUGGAUCCGCAUCCAAGCUCACCAAGAUCCACGAUAUCCGCAAGUCGAUCGCCAAGGUCCUCACCGUCAUCAACGCCAACCAGCGCUCCCAGCUUCGCCUGUUCUACAAGAACAAGAAGUACCUUCCCCUCGACCUCCGCCCCAAGCAGACCCGUGCCAUCCGUCGCCGCCUGUCCAAGGAGGAUUCCGCCCGUGUCCUCGAGAAGACCACCAAGCGCAACACCCACUUCCCCCAGCGCAAGUACGCCGUCAAGGCUUAAAUGGCCGGGCAAUGAGACGUGGAGUGUUUGGGUUGGAAAAUUGGGAAUGAGGGAGUCAUUGAUAGGUGUAUAUCCAGAUGAAUUAGCAUAUUGCUUGCUUUCCCGAUUACCAUGACUUGAAGCAUUUCACCCUCAGGAGAGUGACGACUCGUGACUUUUUUUUCGAGAUAUGUGAACCUCUGUCCCUGCCGUUUUAAACAUGUUAUUGGUCUCGGAAAACCUUUGAACGUAGCUGCAAAAAAAGCUAAUAUUGACCUGCACAAGACCAUCCGCAGCUGGUAGUUCACGACACUUCACUGAGUUGAGUAUAACCCUUCUCAUUCGACGAACUUGUAAG